UUCCAGGGUAAUAAUGGAACAUUCGAAAUGUAUAUUGAUGAUGAUCGGGGUAUUUUCGAUGUGACGCAGAGACAUGGUAUCAAUGAAGCCACAUUUCUAAUCAGGGUGAAGGAUCCCACCAAAUUGGAUUACGAAACCACCAAAGUGAUGAACUUCACACUGGUCGCCAAAAAGAGUGUACCAACAGAUCCGAAAUUCAGCUUUGCAUCGGUGACUGUCUACAUUCGAGAUGUCAACGACAAUUUUCCUGAAUUUGCCAAACCUGUGUACGAGGUGUCAAUACCGGAGAACUCGGGCCCUGGCACAACAGUAGUCUGGGUACAGGCUACUGAUGACGAUUCUGGAAAUUUUGGAUCUCAGGGAAUUCGUUACACCAAUCUAAGGGGUAGCGUCGCUGAAAUGCUAUCAUUGGAUUCAAGAACUGGAAUAAUUACGAUUAAGAAUGAUGGUGCACAUUUCGAUCGAGAACAAAUGUCAAGGCAUUAUCUCACUGUCGAAGCCAGGGAUGACAUGGGUUUAGGAAAUAGGAAUACCGCUCAAUUAGUUUUAAACAUCGAAGAUGUAAAUGAUAAUGCUCCAAUUUUCCUGCAAAGCCGCUACGAAGGCAGACUCCACGAAAACCAAAUGGAUUUUGAUACUCCCCUGGUUAUUGAAGCUAGAGAUAUGGAUCUCAAUGGCACAAAAAACAGUCGAAUAACAUACAGCAUCUCGGAGUGGGACCGCUCCAAGGCCAACUUCACAAUAGACCCGGCGACAGGCACUCUAAAGCUGAUGGGUCGCAUUGACUUUGAGCGGCUGCCCAGAGGAGGCGGUCAAAAGGCGUUGAAUCCGUUUCCCGUCCACCUGAAGGUGAGGGCCACGGACAUGGGCUCUCCCCCCCUCCACUCCGAGGUGCCUGUCACCAUCUACAUCCAUGAUGUCAACGACUUUGCGCCCCAGUUCGAGGUCGACAGCUAUGAGAAAACUAUACCCGAAGAUCUGUCUGAAGGCAGUUCUGUUCUACAAGUGAACGCGUGGGACGGUGACGGCUCGCCGCCGAACAACGUGGUGGUGUACCGCAUCCAAUCGGGCGCCGGCGACAAGUUCACCAUGGACGUGGCGACCGGCGUGAUUCGGGUGGCGCGCGGCGCGAGUCUCGACCCGGACGGCACGCAGCCGCGCACGCUGCGUUACGCGCUGGUCAUUGUGGCGCUCGACGGCGGAAUUGGCGCGCACCAGCUCAGCGCAACUGUUCCCGUGCAGAUCACGAUCGAUGACGUCAACAAUAAGCCGCCUGUGCUUGCCGAACCCGGGACUGUGCGCAUCAAGGAGAACACUAGGGUGGGUCAAGUGGUGCACAGAGUGGUUGCCCAGGACCCAGACGAGAGCCCAGUGCUGCGAUACACCCUGGACGCGGACAGCUGUGAGGCUCGCAGCGAGGAGGGCACACUCGUCAAGGCGGCUGAGUUCGACUUUGUCGCCGCAUUCGAGCUCAAUCCACUCGACGGACGGCUUAAGGUGGUGCGGCUGCUGGACAGAGAGCGUGUGGAGACCAUCCGGCUGGCGAUCCGAGUCGAGGAUCUGGGGUCGACUACCGGCGUGCAGACCGAUACCGUGUCAGAGGUGAACGCGUGGGACGGUGACGGCUCGCCGCCGAACAACGUGGUGGUGUACCGCAUCCAAUCAGGCGCCGGCGACAAGUCACAGACGUGGCGACCGGUGGUCAAGUGGUGCACAGAGUGGUUGCCCAGGACCCGGACGAGAGCCCGGUGCUGCGAUACAACUGGACGCGGACAGCUGUGGGCUCGCAGCGAGGAGGGCACCCUCGUCAAGGCGGCUGAAUUCGACUAUGUCGCGGCAUUCGAGCUCAAUCCCUCGACGGACGACUUAAGCGAGAUCGUUAAGCGUCUUCAUGGCUCACAGGGUAAGUUUCAAAUCAAUCCAGAAACGGGAGUGCUGAACAUAUCUGAUCGCCUGAACAGAGAGGAGCAGAGUGCCUACAUGCUUGUCAUUGAGGCCUGGGACAACUAUCAGUUUGGAUAUGCUAGUGGCGAGAGUCGCAACGCUUUCAAGCAGAUUGUAGUGAACGUAUUGGACGUGAAUGACGAGGCGCCGGUGCUGGACCGCUUGCCUGAGCAGUGCGUGACCGUGACUGAGUUCCACGAUCCCAGUGACGUCAUCACGCAGCUCAAGGCCACAGAUGCUGACGACCCCAACACACCCAACAGCUGGGUGCAGUUCUCCUUCAUCGCUGGCAAUGAUGAUGGUCUAUUCCAGAUCAAGCCGGUGGACAACUGGUCAGCGCAUGUGUUGAGCACCGGUCCUCUGAAGAAGCGCUACGGCAAUUACAGUUUAGUGGUGCGCGCGCAGGAUCUCGGGAUGCCGCCAAACUCGGUGGUCGCCAAUCUGCACAUCUGUGUCACAGAUUUCAACGACAACGCACCACGCUUCCUCAGUCCGCCGCACAAUAUCACCAUACGCGUCGCUGAGAAUGAGACAAUUGGAACGCCAGUGAUAACAGUUGAAGCAGUUGACGACGACAUAGGGCCGAACGGAGCUGUCAGAUACAGACUGCGUCAGGACAACACCGGAGACUGGAGAACGUUCAACAUCGACCAGGACUCUGGUCUGAUUACACUCAAGCAGCCAUUAGACAGAGAACGACAAAAAAUCUAUCAGAUUCGAGUGGAAGCUUACGACCAUGGAGUACCAACGCCAUUGUCAUCCGACCUUGAUCUCACAAUAUACGUCAAGAAUAUCAACGACUACCAACCGCAGUUCGUUAUUGAAGAAUAUACUGUCAAUUUCACUGAGCAUGUACUUCCGGGCACUGAGAGACGUCAGCUGGCGGAGACGAUUGACAGGGAUGAAGUGGAUGACCUUGACGACCCUCCAACUCCAGUCUGCUACUUCAUUGUGGCUGGCAACGAGGAUGGAUUCUUCGGAAUUGAGCCUCUCAUACAUCAGAUCACAGCAGUGAAAGAGCUGGACAGAGAGGUGCAAGAACGACAUGAGUUGAUAGUGAAGGCGAGCGAAGACUGCGCCACAACUCCACCCACCAACAACAGCUGGUUCGAGCUGCGAGAUGAGACUCUGCUCAAGUUGAUUGUCAACGUCAACGAUAUUAACGACAAUCCGCCGUUGUUCGUCAAAAAUGUGUUCACGGGAGGUGUGACAACCGAGGCUGAUUUCGGCACUGAGUUCAUGCACGUCAAGGCAGUGGACGCGGACACGGGCGAGAACGCGGUGAUCAACUACUACAUGCUGGGAGAGACGCAGAUGACCCUGAGCGAGGGCAUGGAUGGCAUCCAGCAGCCGCCCUUCCUCGUUGACCAGGGCACGGGGGCCAUCCACCUCAACUUCGACCCCCAGAAGGGCAUGAAGGGAUACUUCGACUUUAUGGUGAUGGCGAACGACAGUGGUGGUCUCUAUGACAUGGCGCGAGUAUUCAUUUACCUGCUCCGUGAAGAUCAGCGAGUUAGAUUUGUAUUACGUCAGCAUCCCACCGAGAUCAGAGAGAAAAUCGAUCAUUUCAGAGAAAUUUUAGGAAACGUGACUGGCGCAAUAGUGAACAUAGACGAGAUGAAAGUGCAUGAAACCCGCGACGGUCGAGUGGACAAAACACGCAGCGACCUCUACAUGCAUUUCGUCAACCAGACCGACCAUUCUAUCAUGGAAGUCAACUCUGUGCUAAGACUGAUUGAUCAAAGCAUCGAGCGGCUAGAUACUCUAUUCAAGGAGUUCAACGUGCUGGACACACAAGGCGCAGAGCGAGUGGAGGCGUUGCGAAUCGCCGGCCCGGACAGUGUGGUGUGGAUGUGGCUUGUCGGCUGCACUCUCUUCCUCACUCUGCUAUUGGUUGUCGUCAUCGCUCUCUGUCUGUCGCAGCGGGCUCGCUACCAGCGCCAACUCAAGGCCGCCACCAUCACUGCUUUCGGUACCACAGAAUCUGAUUUAACUGGCAGAGUGGCCGGAAGAGUUCCAAAUACCAACAUGCACAGUGUGGAGGGUUCGAACCCCAUCUGGAUGCAAGCUUACGAGAAUGAAUGGUACAAGGAGGAUGAUUCGAUGAGUCAAGCGUCUGAACGCGACUCGCUCGAUGAGAACGCUGUUGUCGCACCGACUACGCCAAACGAUGGAGGCGGUAACUCCUCGUGCAACAGUCGUUCGAACAUGAUCAACGUGUCGGCAGUUGACGUCCCAGCCAUGGUCAAGGAGCAGAACGAUCUGAACAAAAAUGGCGGCGGCUACCACCAGAAUCUCUACCAUCAUCUGGAUAAGCUCAGCAAUCCCUUGAUUGCUAAAAAGCUUGAAACUACUGAGUUGUGAAGUUGAUUCAGUUCUUUUUAUUUGAUUUAUCCAGAUGGUACUGGAGAUUAACGGUAAAGCUAGCUACUUUUGAAGUUGAAGUAUGUUCUUGCAGCCAAUGUUGUUAUAAUAACUAGAAUAUUUGAAAUCGCAUAUUUUUGCUAAAAAGUGGAUCAAUUCAGAGCUAAUACUAAAAUACAAAACUGUAUGAAACACAAUAAAAAAUUAUCAAAAGUACCCUUCAUUUUAUUCUAUAUUCUACUCUUCAAGAGCCAUUUUCAAGAGUUUCUACUCUUCAAGAAUCAUUUUCCUCAAUGAAACAGGUGAAAAUUUUUAAAUAUAUAUUAAAUCUUGGAUCACACCAAUCAUCGAAAAUGAGAAAUCAACACAUUUAGGCUCAACCCACACUUACGCGACCCAGGCAGAGAAGAGACUCUACUCUAGUUGAGAGCAUGAUUGUGUUUUCAGAUGGUGACGAAUCGACUGGUCUGAGUGUCACCAUUCGGAAACACACGCUCUCGACUAGAGUCGAGUCUCUUCUCGACCUGAGUCGCGUAAAUAUGAGUUGAGCCUUAAAGAAAAUAUAAAUAGAUGGAAAUAGAUUGGAAGUUGCAUUUGAAAAUAUAAAUUUUCACUAUAAAAGAAAGAAAGAUAUCAACACUUGAAAAAGGCUCUUGAAGAGUUGAAACUAGUGAAUUUUCAAUAAAAUGAAGGGUAGUUUUGAUGAUAUUCAAUGUUUAUUAAUAACUAGUACCCUAGAAGGAAGAGUGGGAACUGUACAAGUAGUUAUAGCAUCUUCAUAAGAUGUUUCCUAGUGUACCUUGAUAUUUAAUAACUUGUAAGAGUGGACACCUGGAGAGUCUAACUCUAUUCUUCAUUAUUGUAUCUUCACUGUGACGGUGAAAUCUAUUAACAGUUAUGAAAAAUCUUUUAAUUCCAAAUAUGAACGUAGAUUUAUUAAAAGCAAUAUUAUCCAUCUAGGAACUUACUUUAUGAAUCUUUGUAUAUUCUAUGUAGAUAAUCAAUUCAAGAGUGUAUAAAUAGUAUUAUUGGGAAGACGAAGAACUUUUCGACAAUUUCAUAUCAGAUUUAAUUUAUAAAAAGUAUUUCUUGAUGUCAUAGAGUGUAAAUUUGUUGUUUUUUUAUUGUGGAAUUUGUUGAGGUUAUUGAUAAAUAACUGAUAUACUCCACAUCAGUGUGAAAGGCCAAGUUUGAAUUAUCUAGUGUAUGUAGUAAAGAUAAGAAAUAAUUUUUAAUUUAUCUGUAUUGAUGAGCUUAUAAUUAUAUUCCUUUUGUAUAAAAUGUAUAGUUUCAUAAUGUUUGUAGAAAAAUAAAGAAGUUCUUUCAA